AUGCGGACCAAUUCCGAAAAGGAAGAUCUCAGAACAUGUUUGGAUUAUAUAAGCCGCUCUGCUAAAGCUAAAGCUGCAAACAUUGCAAAGAACCUAGCUGAAGAUCUAGACAAUAUGUUUAAGUCAAAGCAGACCGAAGAUUUUUGGCAGAGACUUGAGAAAAGACAACUGGAUCAUGAUGUUAAGUUUUUUAAGGAAAAACAUAAUAAGAAACUUAUAGUUAACGUUUUGAGAGAGCACAAUGUUGUUAGUGGCUUAGUGGCCUCUGAAACUGAAGAUUCAAUCCAACAACGCUGUGUUUCUUCCAACCUUUCCAAUGAUGACCUUUCCGAAGAUUAUGAUCUUUCCGAUGAUGACCUUCCCAAUGAUAACAACGACGACUUUUCUAACUCAGGAAAAGAUAAUGAAUAUGAAAAUGAAGACAACGUGGACGUUGCCGAUUUACGUAAACCACCUGUAAUGGAAGUUGACACUGGAAAAGUGUUGACUUUAGAUGAAUGGGCGGAAUUUUCCAGUCCACUUUUCUACCACAUUGUUGACCAUUCAGGUCAACAUGGGCCAACCACAAAAUUGCUUAAUCGAUAUAUGUCAUCAAUGCGUCGGUCACUACCUAACAUGAGCUUUGAUUUGCCAAGUCUUUCAGCUGAACAAGAUAAAUUUUUUGAUAAACUGCUUGCGGCAGAGGACCUACAAGAUGUUCGCGCAAGUACUUCUGAAAAACGAAAUGCCAAGAAAUUGGUUGAUAGGAUCAAUGAUUCGAUAAAUUGUCCCAACAAGGACGAUAUUCCAGAAUAUGAACACACUAUGCGCAUUGUAAUCCCAUUCAUUGACGCAUCAAUCAGAGAUGUGCCAGAUUACGUUAUCCGCUACAAAUACGUCGUAAUUCGGGUGGAGAUCCUAGAGAGCGUGCAAAUGGGAUACAGAGUAGAUGUGCUUGUCAAGUUUCAUGGCCUUUAUUGGAGUCCUGACCUUGGGUGUGGCGAGAUAUCAGGUGGACUUCCAAGGUGCUCUUCCGCUAAAGAGUGGAUGGAUACUCUUAAGCUUGGGUGGGAAUUACGUGAUGUGUGGACUCUGACUCAAGAUCAGUUGAAUAGAGUGGACGCCAGUGCUUUAGUUGUAUGGGGCUUUACUGUUGUUGCUCGCACAAUUCGUAUUUACGCAUUCACGGCUGCUG